AUGGAUUGCACUGCGCGAUCACUUCUUUUCCCCAUUUUGACUCUUUUAUUGCACUUUCCCCUCUCGCUCUCCAUCACGUACCCCCCCAAUGAAGUCAACCUGUUAGAUUCCAAAGCCAGCCAGGGAGAGCUUGGAUGGAUCUCCUACCCUUCACACGGGUGGGAAGAGAUCAGUGGUGUGGAUGAGCACUACACUCCCAUCCGGACCUUCCAGGUUUGCAACGUUAUGGAGUACAGCCAAAACAACUGGCUUCGAACCAACUGGAUCCCUCGCCUGUCGGCCCAGAAAAUUUAUGUAGAGCUCAAAUUUACACUAAGAGACUGUAACUCCAUCCCCCUGGUCCUGGGCACCUGCAAAGAGACCUUCAAUCUGCUUUAUCUGGAGGCGGAUGGCGACCAAGGCAGCCAUUUCAGGGAGCACCAGUUCUCUAAGAUUGACACGAUAGCUGCUGACGAGAGUUUUACGCAGAUGGACUUGGGCGAUCGUAUUUUAAAACUCAACACGGAAGUUCGAGAAGUGGGUCCUUUGGCGAAAAAGGGCUUCUACCUCGCUUUCCAAGACGUGGGUGCUUGCGUCGCCCUGGUUUCGGUACGAGUUUUCUUCAAGAAGUGCCCGAAUACGAUCCGAAACUUGGCAGUGUUUCCAGAUACGGUGCCGAUGGACUCCCAGUCCCUGGUGGAAGUCAAAGGCUCGUGCGUCAACCACUCCAAAGAGGAAGAGCCUCCGCGAAUGUACUGCAGCACUGAGGGGGAGUGGCUGGUGCCGAUCGGGAAGUGUCUCUGCAACCCGGGAUAUGAAGAGAGAAGCAGCACCUGCCAAAUGUGCAGAGUCGGCUUCUACAAGUCCUCAUUGGGAAAUAUGGAGUGUUCCAAAUGUCCACCUCAUAGUUUCUCUCACCAUGAGGGGGCGCUACACUGCGGCUGUGAGAAGAACUACUUCAGGGCGGAUGGAGACCCGGCCUCCAUGGCCUGCACUCGACCUCCAUCUGCUCCUCGAAACGUCAUCUCCUCCAUCAACGAGACUUCGGUGAUCCUGGACUGGAGCUGGCCGGAGGACACAGGUGGCCGUAAGGACCUGACCUUCACCGUCCUGUGUAAGCGCUGUCGUGGGGGCGGCGCUAUCCCCCUGAGGUGUGAACCCUGCAGGAGCAACGUGCGCUUCCAUCCCAGAGCCACCGGACUGUUCAACACCACGGUGACGGUGGGGGACCUUCUGGCUCACACCAACUACACCUUUGAGAUCGAGGCGCAGAACGGAGUGUCCGUCAUGGCUCCCAAGAUGAGACAGUACGCAGCCGUCACCAUCACCACCAACCAAGCAGCUCCGUCUCCUGUGUCCAGUAUCCGCAAAGACAAGAUGUCCAGGAACAGUGUGUCGCUGUCCUGGCACGAGCCCGAGAGGCCGAACGGCAUCAUCCUGGACUACGAGAUCAAGUACUACGAGAAGGAGGAGCAGGAGACCAGUUACACCAUCCUCCGGGCUCGCGGCUGUAACGUGACGCUCAACGGCCUGAAGCCUGGGACGGCCUAUCUGCUGCAGAUCAGAGCGCGGACUGCAGCCGGCUACGGAGCCAGCAGCGCCAGCUUCCAGUUCGAGACCAGCCCUGACUCUGCCUUCUCUAUUUCCGGUGAGAACAGCCAAGUGGUUCUGAUCGCCGUCUCCUCCGCCGUGGCCAUCAUCCUGCUGACGGUGCUGCUAUACGUCUUGAUUGGCAGGUUUUGUUGCCGAAGUAAAUCAAAACAUCCUGAUGAGAAACGACUCCAGUUUGGCAAUGGACACUUGCGUCUCCCGGGGAUUCGCACCUACGUGGACCCGCACACAUACGAAGACCCCAGCCAGGCCGUGCACGAGUUCGCCAAGGAGCUGGAUGCGUCGAGUAUCUCCAUCGACAAAGUGGUGGGAGCAGGAGAGUUUGGGGAAGUUUGCAGUGGUCGUUUGAAGCUUCCCAAUAAGAAGGAGAUCUGUGUGGCCAUCAAGACUCUGAAAGGAGGGUACACAGAAAAACAGAGGCGGGACUUCCUGGCCGAGGCGUCAAUCAUGGGACAGUUUGACCAUCCCAACAUCAUCAGACUGGAGGGAGUGGUCACCCGCAGUAAACCGGUCAUGAUCGUCACUGAAUACAUGGAGAAUGGCUCCCUCGACAGCUUCCUGAGAAAGCACGACGCCCAGUUCACAGGCAUCCAGCUGGUGGGCAUGCUGCGGGGGAUCGCCUCAGGGAUGAAGUACCUGUCCGACAUGGGCUACGUGCACAGGGACCUGGCGGCGCGGAACAUCCUGGUCAACAGUAACCUGGUGUGUAAAGUGUCCGACUUCGGCCUGUCCAGAGUCUUAGAGGACGACCCCGAGGCGGCCUACACCACCAGGGGAGGAAAAAUCCCAAUCCGGUGGACAGCUCCAGAAGCCAUCGCAUACAGAAAGUUUACUUCCUCCAGCGAUGCCUGGAGUUACGGAAUCGUUCUCUGGGAGGUGAUGUCAUAUGGAGAGCGACCAUAUUGGGAAAUGUCCAAUCAGGACGUAAUAAAAGCGGUGGACGAGGGGUACCGCCUGCCCCCGCCCAUGGACUGCCCGGCGACACUCUACCAGCUCAUGUUGGACUGUUGGCAAAAGGAGAGGAAUAACAGACCCAAGUUUGAACAGAUCGUUAGCAUCCUGGAUAAGCUAAUCCGCAAUCCUGGAACCCUCAAAAUCACAGCCAACACCACCUCCAGACCGGCCAACCUGCUGCUGGACCGGAGCAGCUCGGAGGUGCCGGUGUCCGUGGGCUCUCUGUCGGACUGGAUGGACGGCAUGAGGACGCUGCCGUGUAAAGAGGCCUUCUCUGGGGUCAGCUACAGCUCCUGCGACACGCUGGCCAAGACCUCCACAGAGGAUUUGAAAAAGGUCGGUGUCACUGUGGUCGGUUCGCAAAAGAAGAUCGUGAGCAGCCUCAAAGCCCUGGACUCCAGCAGCAAAGACGGCCCAGUGCCUGUUUAA